CAACGCAUUUGCUUUUCUCUCCGAACAGGGAGCUACUUCUCAAUCAAGGUUUGAUUAACUUCUAGCUCCAGCGGCCCCAGCCCCUCCAAGCCCCUUCGCCGAUCGCCACAUUUGAUCGCAGGUGACAGUAAUUGUAUUAGCAAGAUGAGCGAGCCUCUCCCAUCGUCUUUCGAAGAACAUCCUCAGUUCCAAGAGGAGACUUCGCUCCAAAAGUUCCGCAGACGUCUCAAGGAAGAGCCUCUGAUCCCGCUAGGAUGUGCUGCCACUUCCUACGCACUUUACCGGGCCUACCGGUCGAUGAAGGCUGGCGACUCCGUCGAGAUGAAUAAGAUGUUCCGUGCUCGUAUCUACGCCCAGUUUUUCACCCUUAUCGCCGUGGUCGCCGGAGGCAUGUAUUACGGUAGCGAGCGGAAGCAACGAAGGGAGUUCGAGCAGAUGGUGGAGGCACGCAAGAGCCAGGAAAAGCGGGACGCCUGGCUGCGGGAGUUGGAGAUUCGUGACAAGGAAGACAGGGGCUGGCGGGAGCGUCACGCGGCUAUUGAAGCCGCGGCGAACGAGGCCGCGAAUGCUAAGAAAUCGUUCCCUGAGCAGGAUGCUGCUCGCUCUGCUAUUGAGCCUUCCGAACAGAAGUCAAUCGGGGUACUAAGUGCUGUGAAGGAGUUGUUGUCGAGGCAGUGAGGUCGGCAAAAGUAAGUGUUAUUGAGUCUCUUAGUUGAUUCUCAUGUUGAUCCGGGUAUCUAUGAUAUUGUACAUAUACGCAUUCGAUUUUUGUCAAAAAUAUCACUCUCCAUCUCUUAACCCUCGAGCUCAUGUUUUGGACCCCAGUCUGUAUCUUAAUUAGUGCUUGGUCCUGGCGAGAUCUCCCUCCUUAGCCUGCAACUUGCUCGUCAAUAUACCGCCUCAUCAUAUCGAAUUCGGACUUUCCGGUCUAUGUAUAGUUAGGCUGCUUGUCCAUAGAACAACAAACAAGAUGCUUACCGAGAUAAGAUAUCGUAUGUGUU